UGAUGUUUCAGCUCGAACCAAUUCGAGGCCAACGCACCCCUCCAUCGCAGCAACUCAAAACCUUUUGCCGUACCUGAGAGUUUUACAAGAGUGGGAUCGUGGCGGUACUGUGCUGGUCAAGUGGUGUUGGCGGUGCCGUUACUCUGCAACCAUCCCAUCUUGACACUCUCGCAAGGUCCGACCUCUUCCAGUGACGCCUCCACGAGCGCGUCCCCGACGUACGGUAACUUCUUCACCACUUUUGACUACCAUGCUCCCCGAAAGUCGUGUGUCGAGUGGUGUCACGAAGCUAUCUGAUUGGACGAGCCGGCAAGAACUCUGCCUCUUGAUUAUUUUCCUUUCGCAAUCCUGAAAUCUGCCCAACUAACUAUGACGACCUUGAAUAAGACGUUUGUUUGUUUGUUUGGCUUAGCGCGGGCCUGAUCGACUCGAACCCCAUACUUAUUUUGUUUGUACGGACCCUUUGAUACUUACUUACACUCAGAGUUGUUCGAUCGAGGCUUGGUAAAUCAGGACCAGGGUGUUGCCCGUACAUGCUCUCGAACACAGAGGUGAGGCCAGGAUCAGGUCGAUCCGAAGCGGCUCAUCCCACCCAAACCAUAUCACCCUCCCAGCAUCCGCAUGAAUUAACCAAUUAGGCAAUGCUCUGAGUCUAUCCCUCCUUGACUUCACAUGAGUGCUCCGUGCGCUCAAACAGUUGCGCAGUUGCACACAUCGGCCUUCGUCUCAGAUUAGACUGCUCGUCUAACCGCGGCCGGCCCAUGACAGAGCGCUCGCUCCCCUCGGGUGCCAACCUGUCACGCACGGCGACGUGCAGCAUUAUAACUCCAAACCCUCGCCACUACCCUUUCCAUUGAAAGCCUUAUUUCCUUUCCUGGAUAGACGAUUGCAUUCCGCGGGGAGGAAUACGAAAGCGCCUCCGUGAUCACAACAUAUCUCAGAGAUUGGAACCGACCGGUAUCUAUCACGUUAAAAACCGUCACUCUCACCUUGGGAACGACGACUCAACCUACGGCGACGACGACAACUCUCGAUAUCUAAACAAGUUCCUCGAGCAGGGUUUUCAAGAUGGCGUCAAAGAGCGGCUGGACCGAGUCUACAGACAACCUCGCCAACGUGCCGAGGGUCGAAACCCCAGAAGCCCUGGUGGUAGGGUCGUCGCAGCUGUUCGAUGGAAACGUUAUUCGAUUUGUGCCAAUGCCCACGCCGGAUCCCAAGGAUCCGUUGAACUUGCCAACAUGGAGAAAAUGGGUCGCCAUCGCAGCACUUUGUUUCUUCGGUUCUCUGGCCCUCGCCGCCGAGUUCAUUGUGGGCGCGUUGGUGCCUGUUUUCGUACUGGAGUACUCCGGCAUCGACCCUCACAUUCUCAGCCAGAUCGAUAUUUCGGCAUUGAACAAGCCCGGCGAAGUCACCUUGGACCCCGUCAAGAUUCUUGCUGGUCUGGGGGGUCCGCCUCUCUACCAGGUCGCACUACUGGCUUCCGUGCCGCUGCUUGUCAACGGCCUCAGUUCCUACAUCCUCGUGCCGCUCUCGAUCGGUAUCGGCCGUCGCCCCGUGCUUCUGCUGUCCGGUUUGCUUGCAUGGACCGGUGGUCUCUGGGCUGGUUUCUCCCAGGGCCUCGGAAGCCAUCUGGCUGCCCGCUGCUUCCAAGGGUUUGGUGCGGGUGCUGUCGAGGCCUUGAUUCCCUUGAUUAUCCAGGACAUGAUGUUCAUUCACCAGCGCAACAAGGCCAUCUCUUCCGUUGGUGCAUCUCAGGGUCUCCUCGUCGUGAGCUUGGGUAUCAUGAGUCCCAUCAUUGUUUCUCGUCUGUCUUGGCGCUUCAUCUAUUGGAUCACCUCCGGUGUUGGCGUUCUCGCCUGGUUUGGCCUAAUCCUUCUCGUACCCGAGACCCGUUGGAUUCGCAGCGACGACGAGCUUGCCGGUAAGGAGGUUUACCCUCUCCGCCCUGGUGAAACCCGCCCUCGCAUCGAUGAGGUGGCCUUCCGCCCUCGCUCCAACUGGGAUGAGUUCGGCCUCUUCAACUAUGGCUACGAAUGGAAGGAGGCGAAACAAUCCACCAUCGACAUGCUCAAGACAACCUUAUUCCCCAACAUCAUCUGGGUCAUCAUCAUCAACUCGAUACUGGUCUCCAUGCAGGGUGCCGCGGGCCAGGUGGCUUCUUCGCUUCUCAUCGCUGCUGGCUGGAAGUUCGAAACGCUUGGUUUCGCCGUCAUUCCCAUCGUCAUCGCCAGUCCAUUUGUCUGGCUCUUUGGCGGUUAUAUCGCGGAUAAGAUCUCCAAUUGGAUUGCCAAGCGCAAUGGUGGUCGACGCGAGCCCGAGGCCCAUCUCAUUAGUCUGGUAUUCCCGCUUCUGGCUUCCGUCGUCGGGCCAAUUCUGUUCGGCUACGCCGGAGAGCACAUUCGAGAGCUCCCGUCUAUUGUUGUGUUGGUGUCCAUUUUCUUCAUCGGCUUCGGCUUGUUGACGGCCAACACCAUCUUUGCUGUCUACUUGGUUGAGAGUUAUCCCCGAUAUGCCGGUCCUGUGCUUGUCAACGUCUCCUCGUCCCGUCUCAUCAUCGGUUUCAUCAUGUCCUUCAACAUCACUACGUGGAUCGAGCAGCUCGGCUUCUUCAAAAAUUUUGGCAUCUAUAGCGCCGCCCUGGCCGGGGUUUCCAUGCUCCUGCCCGUCAUGUAUAAGUACGGCAAACCGAUGCGCGCCUGGACCGGCGGCCGUCUUGAGCCCACCGUCAAGCCCGCCAAGGUUUUGGAAGAAGACGACCAGUACUGGAAGAGCACCGAGCAAUCGGGUCAGUGGCAGGACGAGAAGAUGGGAACUCCCAUCGGUGUCGCUCGGCCGAUGUAAGGGCCAUGUUUGUAAUCCUCCAGUGGGGGGUUAUGACUACGCGGUGAACCGGGAAUCGUAGUACGUACACGGUACACAAACAUACAUCGGAUCGGGAAGAAGCGACAGAAUGUUCAAUGCUGAGAAGAGUGAUGGGCACCUCGGCAUCGAGCGCUAGAGAGAGUCAAUUUUGCGGGAUUGGCCAAUGCGAUUGUGUUGCUCGAGAGCGUGAGCGUCAGAGCUUAUGUACAACUUUUUCACCAGAGAACCGUCCGGAACCCGAUCUAGGCUCGUCUUCUCUGCAGGAUAACUGGGAAAGGACAGCAGACUCGGUUAACUGGAGGAUUGCUGCUCGACUCGGGGUUUCCUUUUUGCACAUUUUGCCCUCCUUUCUCUUUUCAUAUUCGACCUCUAUCGCCAGAGAAUACGUCGUCGAAGGCGCCUCGGCAUGAGCGCGUUUGUGCUGGCGGAUUCGGGCUGGUUAGGACUGUUUAUAGCUUCUUGCAGCCGUCGUGAGACGGAUUACAUGUUCUCUCAGAUAUUGCAGGCAUGUCUCUCGUCUUGCGGGGGGUGAAUGAGGAUUUA